GGCGGGGACUUUACGGUAUUGACAGUAUGCCAGAUCUUCGCAGGAAAAAAACAUUGCCUAUUGUACGAGAUGUGGCCAUGACCCUGGCUGCCCGGAAAUCUGGACUUUCUCUGGCUAUGGUGAUUAGGACAUCACUAAACAAUGAGGAACUGAAAAUGCACGUCUUCAAGAAGACCUUGCAGGCAUUGAUCUACCCCAUGUCUUCCACCACCCCACACAACUUUGAGGUCUGGACAGCUACCACGCCUACCUACUGUUACGAGUGUGAAGGGCUCCUGUGGGGCAUUGCCCGGCAAGGCAUGAAGUGUCUGGAGUGUGGAGUGAAGUGCCAUGAAAAGUGUCAGGACCUCCUAAACGCAGAUUGUUUGCAAAGAGCAGCAGAAAAGAGUUCUAAACAUGGUGCUGAAGACAAGACUCAGACCAUUAUUACUGCCAUGAAAGAAAGAAUGAAGAUCAGGGAGAAAAACAGGCCAGAAGUAUUUGAAGUCAUUCAGGAAAUGUUUCAGAUUUCUAAAGAAGAUUUUGUGCAAUAUACAAAGGCAGCCAAACAGAGUGUACUAGAUGGGACAUCCAAGUGGUCAGCAAAAAUAACCAUCACAGUGGUUUCUGCACAAGGCUUACAGGCAAAAGACAAAACAGGGUCUAGUGAUCCAUAUGUUACAGUUCAAGUUGGAAAGAACAAAAGAAGGACUAAAACCAUUUUUGGAAACUUGAAUCCAGUAUGGGAUGAAAAGUUUUAUUUUGAGUGUCAUAACUCCACAGAUCGAAUCAAAGUCAGAGUUUGGGAUGAAGAUGAUGAUAUUAAAUCCAGAGUCAAGCAACAUUUCAAAAAGGAGUCAGAUGAUUUUCUGGGACAAACAAUUGUAGAAGUGAGGACCCUGAGUGGAGAAAUGGAUGUUUGGUACAACUUAGAGAAACGGACAGAUAAGUCAGCUGUAUCUGGGGCCAUUCGACUGAAAAUCAAUGUGGAAAUAAAAGGAGAGGAGAAAGUUGCUCCAUAUCAUAUACAAUAUACGUGUUUACAUGAGAAUCUGUUCCAUUACUUGACUGAAGUGAAAUCUAAUGGUGGAGUAAAAAUCCCAGAAGUCAAGGGGGAUGAAGCCUGGAAGGUUUUCUUUGAUGAUGCGUCUCAAGAAAUAGUUGAUGAAUUUGCCAUGCGUUAUGGGAUUGAAUCCAUUUAUCAAGCUAUGACGCACUUUUCAUGUCUGUCUUCUAAAUACAUGUGCCCUGGUGUCCCUGCUGUCAUGAGUACCUUACUGGCUAAUAUAAAUGCUUUCUAUGCUCACACAACAGUUUCAACAAAUGUACAGGUUUCUGCCUCUGAUCGAUUUGCUGCUACCAACUUUGGUAGGGAAAAAUUCAUAAAACUACUGGACCAGCUGCAUAACUCUUUAAGGAUUGACUUGUCAAAAUAUAGGGAAAACUUUCCUGCAAGCAAUACUGAAAGACUGCAGGACCUGAAAUCAACAGUUGAUCUGCUAACAAGUAUCACUUUUUUUAGGAUGAAGGUUCUGGAGCUGCAAAGCCCUCCAAAGGCCAGCACAGUGGUGAAGGACUGUGUCAGAGCUUGCCUGGAUUCUACAUACAAGUAUAUUUUCGACAAUUGCCAUGAACUUUAUUCCCAGCUAACAGACCCGAGUAAGAAACAGGACAUUCCUCGGGAAGAUCAGGGACCAACCACCAAGAAUUUGGAUUUUUGGCCCCAACUUAUUACACUGAUGGUCACUAUUAUUGAUGAAGAUAAAACUGCCUACACACCUGUCCUGAAUCAGUUUCCCCAAGAACUGAACAUGGGAAAAUUAAGUGCUGAAAUUAUGUGGACUCUUUUUGCUCUGGAUAUGAAAUAUGCAUUAGAAGAACAUGAAAAGCAGCGGUUAUGCAAGAGCACCGAUUACAUGAAUUUGCAUUUCAAAGUGAAAUGGUUUUAUAAUGAAUAUGUGAGGGAACUUCCUGCCUUCAAGGAUGCUGUUCCUGAAUACUCCUUGUGGUUUGAACCUUUUGUCAUGCAAUGGCUAGAUGAAAAUGAAGAUGUGUCAAUGGAGUUCCUUCAUGGAGCACUGGGAAGAGACAAAAAAGAUGGAUUCCAGCAGACAUCUGAUCAUGCCCUCUUCUCUUGCUCCGUGGUUGAUGUCUUUGCUCAGCUUAAUCAGAGCUUCGAGAUUAUUAAGAAGCUGGAAUGCCCUAAUCCUGAAGCAUUAUCUCACUUAAUGAGAAGAUUUGCAAAGACUAUCAAUAAAGUGCUGCUUCAAUAUGCUGCAAUUGUAUCAAGUGAUUUCAGUUCACACUGUGAUAAGGAGAAUGUGCCCUGUAUCUUGAUGAACAAUAUUCAACAACUACGGGUUCAACUGGAAAAAAUGUUUGAAUCCAUGGGAGGGAAAGAGAAGAAGGAAGGAGAAAGAUUCUUUUAUGAGCUAGAUCCUGAAGCUAGUACUGUUCUAAAAGAACUUCAGGUUAAACUCAGUGGGGUUCUGGAUGAGCUCAGUGUCACUUAUGGUGAAAGUUUCCAGCUUAUAAUUGAAGAGUGUAUAAAACAAAUGAAUUUUGAACUAAAUCAAAUGAGAGCAAAUGGAAAUACCACAUCUAAUAAGAACAGUGCAGCAAUGGAUGCAGAAAUCGUGUUAAGACCUCUCAUGGAUUUUUUGGACAAAACAUUAAGUCUCUCAGCAAAAAUCUGUGAGAAAACAGUCCUAAAGCGAGUUUUGAAAGAGCUAUGGAAGCUAGUUCUUAACAAAAUAGAAAAACAAAUUGUUCUUCCUCCUCUGACAGAUCAAACAGGACCCCAGAUGAUUUUCAGUGCAGCUAAAGAUCUUGGACAAUUAUCUAAACUGAAGGAGCACAUGAUUCGAGAGGAUGCCAAGGGUCUGACACCAAGACAAUGUGCUAUAAUGGAAGUGGUCCUGGUUACCAUCAAGCAAUAUUUUCAUGCAGGAGGAAAUGGCCUGAAAAAGAAUUUCUUGGAGAAAAGCCCAGACCUUCAGUCUCUGAGAUAUGCUCUCAGUCUUUAUACCCAAACUACUGAUGCCUUGAUAAAGAAAUUCAUAGACACUCAAACCUCACAAAGUCGUUCUUCCAAAGAUGCAGUGGGCCAGAUAUCUGUUCAUGUGGACAUCACUGUCAACCCAGGAACAGGCGAUCAUAAAGUCACUGUAAAAGUAAUUGCUAUUAAUGACUUAAAUUGGCAAACGACAGCGAUGUUCCGCCCCUUUGUGGAAGUUUGCAUGCUGGGACCCAACCUCGGAGAUAAGAAGAGAAAACAAGGCACAAAAACAAAAAGCAACACAUGGUCACCAAAGUACAAUGAAACAUUUCAGUUCCUUCUGGGUAAGGAAAAUCGUCCAGGAGCCUAUGAAAUUCAUCUCUCAGUUAAAGAUUACUGUUUUGCCCGAGAAGAUCGAAUUAUUGGAAUGACAGUCAUUCAACUACGGAAUAUAACAGAAAAGGGAAGCUAUGGGGCAUGGUACCCUCUUUUGAAAAAUAUCUCUAUGGAUGAAACUGGUUUGACUAUUCUUAGAAUACUCUCUCAGAGGACCAGCGAUGAUGUGGCUAAAGAAUUUGUAAGACUUAAAUCUGAAACAAGAUCUACUGAAGAGAGUGCUUGAAAUGAACACUACAAUCUAUGGACUGUGAGAAUUUAUAAACUAUAAUUGUUUGACUACUGCAUGCAUGUGCAAAUACAUGGGAAUGUUUAUUUCACUGCGUUUCAAUGUUAGCCAUUUCUCAAGUACAAUGUCUACAAGGUAUGUGAAAAACUUGCUGAACUUUUAUACCAAUCCUGGUCUUUGGAAAACAAAUGUUCCAUGAAGUGCCAAAAAAUUAUGAUGUAAAGUAAAAUAUCAAGAAUAUCUUUUAAAAUGUUUAUUUCAUCUCAUUAUCAAUUUCACAUUCUUUAAACAUUCUGAAAAAUAGUUUUUUGAGUUUGCCCAUUCAUUGCCAUUAUUAAAUUAGUUUAUGUUGCCCAUAGAUCAGGAAGCCUUUGUUUCUCAAAUUCUGUUUUAUUUAGACUGAUCUCAUCAUAGAUGUCUAACAAAUACCCUUUUCUACCAUAACUAGAAAUGCAGUCACUUCUAGAAAGCAUUUGUAAUUUUAUAGUUGCAGAUAUAUUGUGAUGAUUUUUGCAUACAAAUUAAAAUAGAAAAGGUGGGAAAUAUUUUCUGCUGAUCAGUUUCCAACCUUUCUAAAAUAUCACUGUGAAGAAAUGCUAUUAAAGCAAACUUAUAUAAAGCAAUGCUAAAUAGAGUUUGUUAACAAUGUUUGAUAUAUUGACAAAACUUUGUUCUUUAAAACUGCCAAGGUCACAUCACAUUUGUAAAAAAGGUAAGUUGAUGCACUUGUCAUAUAGCAUUAUGUCUCGGCUUUACUAUAUUUUAUUCUUCAAAAAGUCAUAGGAUUAAUGGUUUAGAAAUGGGACGGAAGGUUCAUUAAAAUUACCUAUGAUAAGUAACUGUGUUGUUAGUAUCUCCCCUCUGACAGUUAUGACUACAUCUUUAUUUACUUAACUCUAUAAUCAGCUUAAUGUUUUCUCUUCAAAAAUAUUCAAUUAUUUGUACUGUACUGAAUGCAGCAUUACAAUAUAUUGCACUGGAUCCAAAAAUCAUGUUUUCAUUCAUCUAGUGAAAAAAAAAGGAAAAUGAAAUCCGAAGAAAUUGCUUAUAAUUCUUUAAUUUAUUUUAUUCAUAAGUCCAAAAUGCGUCAGAUACAAUAGAAGAACAACCUGAUACCACUCAGUGCAUAAAAAAUAUACCUACGUUGGUUUUGAAUAUAAAAUAGUUUUGAUUUGCAUUUUAUGUAUUUUUAUGGUUUGACAUUUUGGAGUCUGUGCCUAAAUAUGUGGCUGUAGAGCAGUACCUUGUAAUUAUCACUUAUGGUCAUAACUGUUAGUGGAUGACUUGCACAUGCAGAAACAAGAACCUGUUACAAUGGUUAUGUUUUGUGAACAAACUGGUCUCAUAUGUUAAGAACAGAAGUAUCAUGAGUGUCAGAACAAUUCUGCUUCUGGGUGUGAAACACAGACCAGUUAGACUGUCUACUUUGUGUUAAAUUGUUACGCAAUUGCUUUGUUGAUGACUUCUCCAAAUGCAUAGUACAAUGCAAUCCUCUGGCAUAUGCAUUAAUAAAUGGAUGUUAAUCGAGCACAUGCAA